AUGACUGUCAUGGACUCGUUCUCGGAGCCAUACACCCGCGAAGGCGACGACAUCUCCCUCGAACAGGUCCACGAGAACAUCAAGCGUCUCGAGGAGGAGCAUAGGAAGAACGGUGUCCCCCUCUCGGGGCGUAUCAUCCACGUCGUCCAUUACCUCCCCGUCACUGCGACCCUCAACACCGCGCAGCCCAGGUCAGGCGCACCCCCGACGCCCCCGCUCGAGGAAAACUCCACCGCCGCCAGCAGCUCCCCCGACGCCGCACCCGCCCAGCAACAACAGCCCGCGACGCCCUCGUCCAAGCCGGUAUGGAGUGUCGGACCCCGCUACGGCCACGCUGCGAUGGUCUCGGGGAUCAUGUCGCUCUCCGCGACGCACGAGCAGCUCAUUGUGGGCUGGACGGGCGACAUUCUGACCCCUGGCGCCAACGCCAACGCGAGCAACACGAAUACCUCGGCGGACAAGGUUCCCUCUGCGAAUGUGUCGCUGGAGGAGCGUGCGGCGCUGGAGGAGGCCCUGAAGGAGUAUGCGGGCAAGGAUGGGGAUACGGACCACCAUUCGAAUACGACCUAUGUCCCUGUCUGGCUCGAUAACAAGGUUGCCCAUGGGCAUUAUGAUGGGUAUUGUAAAACGACGCUGUGGCCGUUGUUCCAUUACCUGCUUUGGCAGGACGUGGCGACCGAGUACGCCUCUGCCGACUCGCAUUACCCUUACUACGAAGCUGCCAAUGCCGCUUUUGCGCAGCGCAUUGCGGAGGUGUACCAGCCUGGUGACUUGAUUUGGGUGCAUGAUUACCAUUUGCUGCUGCUUCCAAAACUCAUUCGUGAAUCUAUCCCUGACGUCGUUCUGGGCCUCUUCAUGCACACACCCUUCCCGAGUAGCGAGGUCUUUAGAUGCCUUCCUCGAAUCGCCGUGUCUAGUUCUCGUUAUUAUGCGUGUCGAUUCGCGGAGGGAUGUCGAAAGGAAAUCCUCGACGGCAUGCUUGGCGCCAACCUCGUCUGCUUCCAGACCUACUCGUAUUCUAGGCAUUUCAUUUCGACGUGUAUCCGUGUUUGUGGAUAUGAGUCGAAUUCGAGGGGGAUUGAUGUGGAUGGGCAUACGACUGCUGUUAUGCAUUGUCCUGUUGGUAUUGAUGCUGAGCGUGUGGCGAGGGAUAUCCAACGACCUGGCAUUCAGCCUAAACUUGAGGCUUUGCGCAAUUUGUAUGAAGGCAAGAAGAUUAUCGUUGGCCGGGACAAGUUGGACGUCGUGAAGGGUGUUGUUCAAAAGCUCCGUGCGUUCGAGAAGCUGCUCCAAGAUUACCCUGAAUGGAUCGGCAACGUUGUGAUGAUCCAAGUGACGAGCCCUGCGUUGACCGAUUCGCCCAAACUUGAGCGUCUCGUCAGCGAGAUCGUCGCUCAUAUCAACGGUGAAUACGGAAGCUUGGACUUUGUGCCUGUCCAUCACUACCACCAAACCCUCAAAAAGGACGAAUUCUACGCCCUGCUGAGCGUCGCUGAUCUCGCGGUGAUCACUCCCCUCCGAGAUGGGAUGAACACGACGAGUAUGGAGUUUGUGAUUGCGCAGAAUAAUACGAAUAAGAGCCCGAGUGUUCUUAGUGAGUUUAUGGGUAUUAGUAAGACGAUGGAGGAUGCGUUGUUGGUUAAUCCUUGGAAUCUUGGGGACGUUGCCGCCGCUAUCAACCAAGGCCUCUUGAUGUCCGACGAAGAAAAGGCCCGCCGCCACGAAAAGCUCUACAAAGUCGUCACGACGCACACUUCUCACAGCUGGGCUGCUGUUUUGGCCAAGAUGUUGCUCGAGCAGAUGGGUAUGCAGGGAUUGGCGAGGCAGACGCCUUAUAUUCCCAAGGACCAGUUGGAGAGUUUGUAUGCCAAGGCGGAGAAGAGGUUGUUCUUGUUUGAUUACGACGGCACCCUCUCGCCGAUCGUCAAAACGCCCUCCAUGGCCGUUCCCUCUGAAGCCGUGCUCGAAGCUCUUGAGCGGCUCUCUGCGGACCCCAAGAAUCUGGUGUACAUCAUUUCUGGCCGUGAUGGCGCGUUCCUUGAGCAACACCUUGGACAUUUGAAGAAUGUUGGGUUUAGUGCUGAGCAUGGAGCGUUUGUGAGGGAGAGGGGAUCGGCGGAGUGGGUGAACUUUACGGCUAGUUUGGAUAUGAGUUGGAUGAGCGAGGUUGAGGAGAUUUUCAAGUAUUAUACUGAGAGGACGCAAGGCUCGCACAUUGAAGUGAAGAAGAGCUCGAUUACGUGGCAUUAUCGCGGGGCUGAUCCUGAGUGGGGUCUCUUCCAGUGCCGACAGUGCCAGGAUCUCCUUGAGAACAACUUGGCUAACAAGAGGCCGAUCGAAGUCCUCGUUGGCAAGAAGAAUUUGGAAGUUCGACCGAUUGCUGUCAACAAGGGCGAGAUUGUGAAGAGGAUCUUGUACAAGAACCCCGAUGCGGAGUUUAUCUUCUGUGCUGGUGACGACAAGACCGACGAAGACAUGUUCCGCGCACUCCAACUCUUCCCUCCCGGUACGACCCAAGUGAAGAUGGAAGCGCCUCUUUCUGUGACGUUGAUUGAGGGUGGCAACCAACCGCCUGUUGAACUUGCUAUUAAGCCUGAGGCGGUGUUUACUACUGCUGUGGGUCAUAGUAGUAAGAGGACGCUUGCGGUGUGGCAUGUUACGACUCCGCAGGAGGUUGUGGAUCAUAUGUUGGGGUUGGUUAAUGGGCCUACGCCUCAGGGCGAGGGGCAGGAGGGGCAGGAGGGAGAGAAGGAGGAGGUGGAGGUUAAAGCGAACCUGUAG